AUGGCUAAACGCACCAAGAAGGUUGGAACUGCGGGUAAAUGUGGAACCUGUUACGGUGCCUCCCUCGGGAAAAUGCUGAAGAUUGAAAUAAAGCAGCAUGCUAAGUACACUUGCCCCUUUUGUGGCAAAACCAAGAUGAGAAGACGAGCUGUGGGGAUCUGGCGCUGCGGCUCCUGCAUGAAAACCGUUGCUGGUGUUGCCUGGACGUACAAUGCCACUUCUGCAGUCACACUAAAGUUGGCCAUCAUAAGGCUGAAGGAGUUGAAAGAGCAGUAG